GCCACAAGUUACACCUCUCGGGUACUGGGCUUUAUAAUUUUGUUCAGGAGGGAACUUUUUCAGCGGUGUCCUGGACUCGUCUCAAAGGAACUUUUAAUUUUAGUACUCUAAACUACUCAACAGACGCCUGUUCUGGUUUUCCCGAUAAACUUGUGUGGUUAUUUGAGGCAGUAUGGCGGACUGGAACUCCUUGGGGAAGCUGCUCGAGAGUGCCCAGGAGCACUCCACUGUGGUGGGGAAAGUGUGGCUGACGGUGCUGUUUAUCUUCCGGAUCAUGGUUCUGGGCGCAGCAGCAGAGAAGGUGUGGGGCGAUGAGCAGUCUGGAUUCACCUGUGACACCAAACAGCCCGGUUGUCAGAAUGUCUGCUACGACAAAACUUUCCCCAUCUCGCACAUCCGCUUCUGGGUCAUGCAGAUCAUCUUUGUGUCCACUCCCACACUGAUUUACCUGGGCCACAUCUUGCAUCUCGUGCGCAUGGAGGAAAAGGAAAAACAAAAGGAGAAAGAGCUUGCACUGCAGAGUGAGAAACAGCAGCAAUUAAUGGACAUAAAAGCCAAAAAGGCCUCAAUCAAAGACAACCAGGGCCAUGUGCGCUUGCAGGGUGCAUUACUCCGGACCUAUGUCUUCAAUAUUAUUUUCAAAACCUUGUUUGAAGUGGCAUUUAUUAUAGCUCAGUAUUUUUUGUAUGGGUUUCAGUUAAAGCCCAUGUACACUUGUGACCGCUGGCCAUGUCCCAAUGUAGUGAACUGCUACAUCUCUCGACCCACUGAAAAGACGGUCUUCAUCCUCUUUAUGCUGGCAGUGGCCUGUAUCUCUUUGCUGCUCAAUCUGGUGGAAAUGUAUCACCUCGGCUUCACUAAAUGUCAUCAGGGCCUCCGCUACAGACGCAACAAGGCCCGGCUCGAGGCAGCCAAGCCCCUGAGUGACAGUGUAAUUCCUUAUGUGCACGGAUAUAACUACUACGGAGGCCACACUGCGCCUGAACCCUUUGCCCCAGAGCCCAAGUACAGCCUACAAGAGCCUUCUGCUGCUUACAGCCCAUACAACGGCAAGGCAGUCUACAAACAAAACAGAGACAAUCUGGCAGUAGAGAAGAGAGGGAAAACUGAAGAUGACAGAUACGAAAGAUACGAGAGGAAACCAUCGAACGCAGGUUUAGAGUUAUUGCUACUAGAACAACAGAGGAGAAACAGUGUGUCUAGCAAGCCCAGCACCACCAAGAGCAGGAUGGAUGACCUGCAGAUCUGAGGACUUAACGACAAACUUUGCUGCUGUCAUGGUACCACUUUAUAAUAACAACACCUUAAUACGCCUUAAGAAAACAUGAACAAAGACUAAAUUCAUUAUAAACAAAUUGUUUUGUUAAGAAUUUUUCAGGCGAAGUAACUACUUAAUUAAGGGGUUAGGAUUAGAGCAUUAAUUAAUUA